AUGUCUGGUCAUCCGUCUUGGCGGCUGCUGCCAGCCGCGGCCCCGGGCAUCCCUACACUCCUGGUAUCGACUGCUUUCAAGGCUGAAUCAUACAGCGUACAUAUCUCGGACCUCGCCAAUGUCUGGGUCGAGACCAUGGACAGAAGACUCAUCAUCAAGCGAGGUUUGGUUGAGGACACGAGUAUCGACCCGAGCGACAGCGAUGACCAGAUCCGAAGGAUGUUGGAGCUGCUACGGGCCGCACUCGACCCCAGCGAUCCCGAACACGCCAACACAUCGCUGACGCUCGCCCCGGGUGAUGACGUUGACUCCCUCAUUGUCCACGUCACCUGUGUGCUGCCAAAGCCACUGAGGCCCUUCAAGUGGCCGUUUCUCCUGAAAAAGUGUCCCCAAUCGGCUAUUGCAUCCGAACUUGUGCUUCCCAUGAUCCAAGCACACGAGGCCCGCACGCGCGAGAUUGAUCAGCUUGUCUCUUUCCUCCGGGACAAGGAUGCUGUCAUCAACAGGCUGCUAGACAAGCUUGAAGCCACCGGCGCCGGUCUCGAGCACGUCUUCUACGCACUCUCCGGGAAGCGCAAGGUUACCAGAGCCGCCGCUGAAAGCAAAGUGAAGGGCCUCGCCCCGUUUUCAGAAUCCGACUUUAGGAGCAGAACGGCCGAAUUGCAUCCUGUCGCACAGUCGUCCGAAGUCUCUGCGCUCCUGAGUUCUGUCUUUGGUGCCUCUGGAUUGGAAUACAAGUCAGACUUGGAAUUGGAGGCAUCGGCCAUCCUGAACGACUGGUGGACGAAGCUCGCCAAAGGGACAAACGUCAUUCUAUCGGAACGUUCAGAGAGUAAGGACCCAAAGGCGGUUUCGACGCCCCCGGAGCCCGAGCCCAGCAAGGAGGAGGACGACUUUCAGGUCCAGGCGACCCCAACAGGAGUAUGCCCCGCAAGGAAACGUCGCAGCCCUCCACCAGCAGCUGAUGAUGACGAGACGUCCGAUGGCGAGGAUGCUGUCAAGUCCGGCGCGCCUUCGCCCUCUCCGGCCAUGGCCAAGACAUCAGGCGGCAAGCUUGGGGCAAUAGGAAGACAGAAAAUGCCAUCACCUUUUCCUCCGCCCCCGAGCAUGUCGCUGAGGUCAUCGAAGGAGCAGGUGCCUCCAACUGAUGGUCAUUCAGAAACAGCCUCCGAAGCCGAUGGAAACGACUCGGCCAGCUCCCCUGCUCCACCGUCUCCAAAGCCAACACCUAGACGGGGUGGACUGGGCCGUAUUGGGGGCAAAGCGAAGCACGAGACACAAGCCGCCCGAUCCACGCGCUCACCGUCUCCGGCACCGCCUCCGGAAUUGUCCAGCCAGCUGCCGCGGAGACAUAAACUCGGAACCAUUGGGAAGAAGGCCGCGAGACCCGGCCCAGAUGCAUCGGCAAGCAAGAGCGACGAUACUAGGGGAAGAAGCAAGACUCCACCCUCCCAACACACCAAGGAGAAGAAACGGGAGACGUCACAGGAACGGGCAGACCGCAAGCGGGCGGAGCUGCAGAAAGAGAUAGAGAAGCGCGCCGCUGCCGGGCCGGCGAAGAAGAAGCGGAAGUUUUGA